CUACGACCCUUCCCCUCGUCGACGACCGAUUCUCUCCUCCUCAAGACAACCUCACGUUACCUUACCUUGAUGCUCGACACGAUCUCAGGCUACUCCCCAUUGUUCACUCUUGGCCUUCUCUCUGAAACUCACCCUGAACCUCCCGCCACCAGCCCAACAGAAUGUCCACCCCCUCAGCUCACUCGCGUGUCUCAGGACGCACAGUCUCAUGAAGGCGGCUCGGCAUUCUUCUUCACCCUUCACCCGGUCCGCGACAGUGUAGAAUCCAGGUCUUUCCUCUCCCUUGACCUCGCAGAUUCUUCACUUUCCACCGGUCGUCACUGUCGCAUGGCUUCCAACGUUUCCAAGUCCACCAGCUGGACAUGUACUACUGAUAUGACGUCUUUUAAUGACAUUCGGUUAGUCGCUUCCUUGGUCUCAGAACUUUCGUUUGAACAGUGUCAUUCCAGCAAUGAUUCACCUAUUCUUCCCCGCAUGACCUACAUGUCCCGCAGGAGGUCACACGAGUCCAUGAGGAGUAUCCCUUCCCCCAAGCCAGCUCCAUCUUCCCAGCCCCCAAAGGCUCCGUCAUUGUCCGGCGAUACUGCAACCCAACUUCUCCCGAUUACUCUUCCGUCACGCCAGUCGCUCUCGGUGCAGGCUCGGCCUUCCCAGGGCGAAGCUUCUGCCAGUCGCACUGACACCCUUCUCUCACCCGUCCGUCUUUGCUCCAAAGCACUCUCAACCCGCUCCACCUCUAUCAGCUCUGCCGACCGCCGCAAGAGCCGAUCAGCAGCUCUAGCUUGUCUCGAAGGCCGUGGCAAGAAUCGUACCCGUUCUUCCCUAGGACGCGACUUCAUGAGCUUCAGCGACGAUGAGGAUGACGACCCCGUCGUGUCACAGGUAUCAUCUAGUGCACUCGCUCCAGUUUCUGAGAAUGCUCAGUCCCUCGUCGUUCCCGAGAUUGAGGACGAAGAAGAUGUAGUUUCUCCCAUUAUAACUCGUCCUGCUUCCUCGAAGCCAUCCACACUCUCAACGGGCUCAUCGCAGGGUCAGCGCCGGAAGCGCCGGAGCACGCUCGACUCCUGGAUUCCUUUCAAGAGUUUCAUCGACUUCAAGGACGACGAGCUAGGUUCUUGGAAUUGGCGAAGCUUCAUCGAAAUCAAUGGAGCUGCUUAGUGCUGUGUCGCGUCUUUCCAUUUACCCUUCACCUCAACUGAUACUCAAAUAAUCUCAUCUCUGUGCAUAAACCCCUCUCGCUCUCCUUCCCUCUCUGGCGUAAACAUUCGCCGGCCCCCCUCGGUACCCACCUAAAAAACAGCCUUGCUAUUCAUACCAAUCGCUCGUCUAUAUCCUCAUGAUCUCCAUGGCAUACAUUUCCUCAGCAUCAAUACUGCAACUUCACAAACACAACUCUAUGCUCACAUGUUUUUACAUUAACCCAUUACCCCUUUACCAUAGCUCGUACUUUGCUCACUCCAUGAUGGACUCUAAUGCACCUCCCGAGGCCACUUACGUCUCAUCAUUAAUGCAUUUCAACCUUCGAAUAGAUGUCAACCUUACGUAGGUAGCUCGUUGUCUGCCUUUUCAUUCCUAUUAUGAUACCUCAUAGCAAGCCUGCAUACCAAACUUGAUCUUG